AUUCGCUAAAAGAUCUGCGAGCUCAAAACUUGUGCAAUAUAUUUUAAGUCAUCCAUUAAAUAAUAAUACCCUCUUGAUUUUUUGACUUUUUCUUGAGGAUUUUUCACUGGAUGAUUUACAUUUCUCUACCGAGAUUUGUAAUCGCUUAGGAUUGUAUGCUUGUGGGGAGAAUGGUGCUUUUCAUUUGGUGAGAUUUGUAAUCACUUAGGAUUGUACGCUUGUGGGAAGAAUGGUGCUUUUCAUUUGGAUCUGAAUAGAGCAAUUGAGAAUGUCAAACCCAAAGGUUUUCUUUGAUAUUCUAAUUGGAAAGAUGAAAGCAGGAAGAAUAGUGAUGGAGCUCUUUGCUGAUUUCACUCCAAAAACUGCUGAAAAUUUUCGCGCUCUCUGUACUGGGGAGAAAGGAAUUGGAAGUGUGGGAAAGCCACUGCACUACAAAGGCUCAACUUUUCAUCGAAUCAUUCCAAACUUCAUGUGCCAAGGUGGAGACUUCACAAGGGGAAAUGGUACUGGAGGAGAAUCAAUCUACGGAAUGAAGUUUGCAGAUGAGAACUUCAAGAUGAAGCAUACAGGGCCUGGUAUUCUGUCAAUGGCAAAUGCUGGUCCAAACACCAACGGUUCCCAGUUUUUUAUUUGCACUGAGAAGACUCCAUGGCUUGAUGGCAAACAUGUUGUAUUUGGCAAAGUUGUGGAUGGUUACAGUGUGGUUAAGGAGAUGGAGAAGGUAGGUUCAGAAAGUGGGCGGACUUCACAAGGUGUGGUAAUUGAGGAUUGUGGUCAGAUAACAGAGAAUUGAGACAGGCGAUGGUGAAUUUCAUUAUUCAAGUUAAAUUCCCUAUCUAGUCUUGCAGUAUGCGGUGCCUACAAUGGUUCAAUGUCUAUUUGUCUCUUUAACAUGGGGAUAUGAGAUAUGCCUCGGCGAUGUGUGUGAACUGUGAAGACUUGUGAAAAACCUGUAAAGUAAAUUUUAUGUCCACCGUUUCAUUUGCAGAGUUAGUAUAAUUGGAUGGCAUAUGUCAUGAAUGCAUGCUAUCAUUCACAAUGUCAAGGUCUUGGCAAUUUUGGAAUUCCAAAAUUUCAGGGCGAAGUUGCUAAAAGGCACCAUCUCUUUCGACAAAGUUCAGGACAUUGAUUUCUUGUAUAAAGAUAUGAGAAAUUGAGGCUUUUUGCUCUUUUAUUCUAA